ACGGCAUCACGAAGACCACGUCCGAUCCCCCGACGACAACUGCAAAACAAUCUUGCAAUCUAUUCUGUGUGGAGACCUGCUCACGCGUUGAAGGGUUCCCCCACAGUAGUGCAGUGUAGUAGAAGAAGGGUCCGUUUGGUUUUGACAAAGUGAAAAAAAUUGGAAAAAUUCAACUCCCUUCCCCCCCCCUUGCAAAUCGUGGUCGUGCCGCGCGUGUUCGAUCCGAAGUUUCCGUGGAAACGGGGUGCAAAUUCUCAGGUUACUUCUUGUGGUGGAGCAAGAGUUUUCGAUUGAAAAUCGAAUUCAAUCGUGGCGGUGCCUUCCUCGCUGUGGGGAUGUGAGUGAUCUAUUGCUGGUGGAAAAAUAGGUUGGAAAUAGUGAAUUGCGCUUCCCCACCCGUCCGCUCGAAGAGUGCAGGAGUGAAGAGUUUGUUGUUUGUGGUUGCAGUUAACACAGUGUGUAUUUUUGGGAAGAUUGCUUAUCGGUUUCGUGUUUUUUUGGUGUGAUCAGUGUAAGUGUCUUGGUGUGAAGAGAAGGAGGCAAACGUAAGUGCAAGAAGGGUGGUGUGUAUGCACAUCAGUGAUAAGAAGGAAGAAAUUGUCAGCGAGAAAUAGAAUAAACAGAGGAGAUUGUGUAUUUCCUGUCGACGAAGCAGUUCAGCAAACGUCAAGGAGCGAAGUCGUCGUCAUCAUUGGAGCAAACCGUGUGCCCUCUCCCUGCGAUCCCACAGAAAUUGGUCAUCAGUGUUGCUAAAUCCCGGGAAUAAAGUCAACAGCAAGUGAAAUUUGUGUUCGAUUUGUGAUUGAAAUCCGCAGUGCCGUGUGCGAAAUUUCACCGUCUUUCUCUCUCUCUCUCUUCCAAAAUGUGAUAUCCCACGGGAAAACCGAAGAAGAUUCAAAUAAAUAAGAAGAAGAAAAUCAAUCCAAAAACCUCCAUUGGCAUGCCCCUUGAAAAUGCUCCCCCCGAGAAGCAUCUCCGCAGAAGUGUGACCAUCCAUCUGUCGCCACAUUCACGGCUGCUGUGAAUGCUUCCGAAGCGCAAACGUAAACGCUACCGCCGCAUCAACUCUAGUCAUCCACCGCCGGCAAAGGCUUCAAACUGGAGCUUCUACAGCGAAUCAUGUUCCUGCUGGGGUGGACCCUGGUCCUCGGGCUAGUGGAAACCACCAGCCCCCUCAGCAUGGUCCACCAUCCCCAGCAGCAGCAGCAGCAACAAAAGCAGCAAUCGCAAUCUUCCGGGCUCGGUAGUCCCGAGGGGCUGAUCAUCGAGGAUUCGCCGAUCGCCCCCUCGUCGCAGUACAUCGUCCAGAAGGACGUCUGGAACGGAGGAAGUGCCAGCAGUAGCAAUCGUCACCUUCACCAUCACAAUAGUCAACAGUCCCCGCACUCAUCAUCCUCUAGUGGAACGGGAGGCGGAGGUAACGGAGGAUCGUCAGGCGGUUCGCACGGUGGUGGUGGUGGUGGUGGUGGAGGUGGUUUCAGCAGCUUCUUCGGCUUGAGCGGCGGCGGUGAGUGGACACUGAUGGAUUGCUUCUCGCUGCGGAGAACCCACCAUCUGUACUACCAGAUCGGCAGUGGGCUGUUCUUCUUGGCCUUCCUGGCCCCGAAUGCCCCCUUCGGGAUGCUGUGGCUGCGGUGUAUGGUCAUUGCCGGGAGCGUGCUGCUCAUCAUCUGGGGCUGGCAGGUCGAGUGCACGAUGGAUGCCGUCAUCUGGGCCAGCUUGUUCCUGAUCAUCAAUGCGAUCUACGUGGGGGCGCUGCUGUGCAAGCUGCGGCCGGUCAAGUUCGAGAAGGAGAUCGAAGCGUGUACCGAUGAGAAAACGCAGACGGAAACUUCACAAAAACCAGCCAUGGUGGAACGCGGACCUUCGGCACCUUCGGAAUCGUCUUCGUAA